UUUUUUACUCUCUAAAUAUGGUUAUCACAUCUUCCAUAGUAACUAAAUAAAGAAAUGCAUUAAAACAAUUAAUUGUCUGGAAUUUGGGAUAAAGGAAAUCAAUUAUGGACCCACCAGAUAUAACACACGAUCAAUAUUCAUCAUGGAUGGCUUUAAUCUAUGUGUUUAAUUUAAUUGUUGGUACUGGAGCACUAACGUUGCCAUCAGUAUUUGCUCAAGCAGGAUGGGCGUUAGGUACAGUUUUAAUUGUUGGUCUGGCAUUUAUAAGCUUUGUUACGGUCACUUAUGUUAUCGAGAGUAUGGCAUGUGCAAAUGCGAUUCUUCAUUGGAAGCGAUUAAGAUUAUUAAAAAAAGAUCGGAUCUUCCAAGAUUCUGUAUAUAAUUCAGAGAGUUCUGAAGAAAUUAGUUCUGAUGGUACAUCAGAAGGAGAUCCAUUAUUUCAAAAUGCAUGUCGAUACUAUGAACUGGAUAGAAAAAUUGAACUUGGAGAAAUGGCCUCGUUAUUUUUUAAUAAACCUGGACGUGUUCUUUUUUAUAUUUGCUUCUGUAUUUAUUUGUACGGAGAUCUAUCAAUUUAUUCAGCUGCUGUUUCUAAAUCGAUUGCUGAUAUUACUUGUACAUUUCAACCCAAUGAAACAACCAACGCAACCAUAACACCAGAUUCAAUUUGUUGGCCUGACAGUAAACUGACUCAAUAUGAAGCAUAUAGAAUGUAUUUAAUAGCUUUCUUUUUAACCUUAGGCCCAUUUGUGUGUUUUAAUGUACAAAAAACGAAAUAUUUACAACUUAUCACAUCGAUUAUGAGAUGGUUAGCUUUUUCAAUAAUGAUUGGAUUAGCAACACAUCGUUUAAUAACAUACGGCGCCGCAGGUCACCCAAAAUUAAUAUCAGUCGAUGGCAUUCCAGAAUUAUUUGGUGCAUGUGUUUACAGUUUUAUGUGCCACCAUUCAUUACCAGCCUUAUUAACACCGAUCAAAGAUAAACAACAUUUAAAAACAUUAAUUAGUUUAGAUUAUUUAUUAAUAUGUUCAUUUUAUUUAUUAUUAGCAUUAACUGGUGCAUUUGCAUUUGAACAUUUAAAAGAUUUAUACACAUUAAAUUUUAGUCCAACAGAUGAUACAAAUAUUUAUAUGAGAUUAGUUGAUUAUUUUUUAACAAUGUUUCCAAUAUUUACAUUAUCAACAAGUUUUCCAAUAAUUGCAAUUACAUUAAAAAAUAAUUUAAUUGCAUUAUUUUUAGAUACAAAUAAUUUAAAUCAAUAUAAUAUUAUUGUACGUGAAGUAUUAUUUCCUAUGUUAGCCGUUGUGCCUCCAAUAUUAAUAACAUUCUUUACAGAAAAUUUAAAUAUUUUAGUUAGUUUUACUGGAUCGUAUGCUGGUACUGUGAUACAAUAUUUAAUACCUACAUUUUUAGUAUAUAAUGCACGUAAAACAUGCACAAAUAUAUUGGGUUUAGGUAUUAAAAACGAAUAUAAAAGUCCAUUUGGUCAUUGUUUUUGGAUUAUAUUUGUUAUAUUGUGGUCAUUUACCUGUGCUAUUUUAGUUACUGUUAAUUUUGUUAAAAAAUGUACAAAUCCAAAUGGUUCGGGAUGUUUUAACUAA